CGAAAAAGGGGCAAACAAAAAAAGCAAAAACCCUAAUUAAAAAAAAAAUCACACCCAAAUCAAAAAGAUUAUAAACCAGAUCUUAAAGCUCCUUCUCCCCCAUCAACCUCAGCCAAAUCUCCUCGCUAAACCAACUCAGAGAGAAUGGAUCAACAAGAGCAUGCACAGUCCGGAGCCAUGAACUACGGCUCAAACCCAUACCAAACCAACCCCAUGACCACCACCGUAGCGGGAAGCGUGGGACCCGCGGCACCACAAGGGCAGCUAGGGUUCCACCAGAUCCACCAGCAGCAGCAGCAGCAACAGCUGGCUCAGCAGCUCCAAGUCUUCUGGGAGAACCAGUUCAAAGAGAUUGAGAAAACAACCGAUUUCAAGAACCACAGUCUCCCCCUCGCUAGGAUCAAGAAGAUCAUGAAGGCAGACGAGGACGUGCGUAUGAUCUCAGCAGAGGCGCCCGUUGUGUUUGCGAGGGCAUGCGAAAUGUUCAUCUUGGAGCUGACGCUCAGGUCUUGGAACCACACUGAGGAGAACAAGAGGAGGACUCUGCAGAAGAAUGAUAUAGCAGCUGCUGUGACUAGGACUGAUAUCUUUGAUUUUCUUGUGGAUAUUGUGCCAAGGGAGGAUCUUAGGGAUGAGGUCUUGGGGAGUAUUCCGAGAGGGACUGUCCCUGAGGCUGCUGCUGCUGGAUACCCUUAUGGAUACUUGCCUGCUGGAACUGCUCCGAUUGGGAACCCGGGGAUGGUUAUGGGUAAUCCUGGUGGUGCUUAUCCACCUAAUCCCUAUAUGGGUCAACCAAUGUGGCAGCAACAGGGACCUGAUCAACCUGACCAGGAGAAUUAAACUAGUUCUUAGUCUUGUCUAAGAAAGGAGGAGACUUUAGAGAAGAAGAUGAAAAGAACAUAUCAGAAUUUCAAAUCAGUGUGGUAGAAGAACCCUAAGUGUUUUGUUUUAUGUCUAUUCAAUCCUUUCUUAAGGAGAAAUUUAGUGAUGGAACCAGAAGAAUGUAUAAAACUAUGACUCUGUAAGGGAACAAGUGUGUGGUUGACAAGGUUUUUAUUUUUAUGUUAUUUUAUUGCCUAUCUUUAUCUUCUCUCUUCAGUCUUCCAAUAUAAAUCACAAAAGGUGUUU